AUGAACAAGAAACAAAAUUUUUACGCAGCCAUUAUUGUGGCUAUUUUUCUUUGUUUGCAAUUGUCUCAUGGCUCUUCAGGUGUCAGCUUUGAAAAAACCCCUGCUAUUAAAAUUGUAGGAAACAAAUUCUUUGACUCUGAGAGUGGGGAACAGUUCUUCAUCAAGGGCAUUGCUUACCAAUUGCAGAGAAGUGAAGAGGAGCUUAGCAAUGCAAAUGGGGCUUUUGAGACAAGUUAUAUUGAUGCCUUAGCGGACCCAAAAAUAUGCUUAAGAGAUAUUCCAUUUUUGAAAAUGCUAGGAGUGAACACACUGCGUGUUUAUGCAAUAGAUCCGACAAAAUCACAUGAUAUAUGUAUGGAAGCUCUAUCUGCCGAAGGAAUGUACGUCCUAUUAGAUCUUUCAGAGCCUGAUAUUUCAAUAAAUAGAGAAAAUCCAUCUUGGGAUGUACAUAUUUUUGAAAGGUACAAAUCUGUAAUUGAUGCAAUGUCAUCCUUUCCAAAUUUGUUGGGGUAUUUUGCAGGGAAUGAAGUGACAAAUGACCAUACAAAUACCUUUGCAUCACCCUUCGUGAAGGCCGCAAUCCGAGAUGCCAAGGAGUAUAUUUCGCAUUCUAAUCAUAGAAAAAUCCCUGUCGGCUAUUCAACUAAUGACGAUGCUAUGACAAGAGACAAUUUAGCAAGGUACUUCGUUUGCGGAGACGUUAAAGCUGAUUUCUAUGGGAUAAAUAUGUACGAAUGGUGUGGGUAUUCCACGUAUGGUACUAGUGGAUAUAGGGAAAGAACGAAAGAAUUUGAAGGUUAUCCAAUUCCCGUGUUUUUUUCGGAAUUCGGCUGCAAUCUUGUAAGACCAAGGCCAUUCACUGAAGUUAGUGCCCUUUAUGGCAAUAAAAUGUCCUCUGUUUGGUCUGGUGGCCUUGCAUACAUGUAUUUUGAAGAAGAAAAUGAAUACGGAGUUGUUAAGAUAAAUGAUAAUGAUGGAGUGGAUAUUCUUCCUGAUUUCAAGAAUUUGAAGAAAGAAUUUGCAAAGGCAGAUCCUAAAGGCAUUACAGAGGAAGAAUACUUAACGGCAAAAGAACCAACUGAAGUAGAAAGUGUUGAAUGUCCACAUAUUGCUGUCGGAGUUUGGGAGGCAAACGAAAAACUACCUGAAACACCUGAUAGAAGCAAGUGCGCCUGUUUGGAUGAGAUUUUGCCCUGUGAAAUAGUCCCUUUUGGUGCUGAAUCUGGAAAAUAUGAAGAAUAUUUUAGUUAUUUGUGCUCUAAGGUUGACUGUUCCGAUAUUCUUGCAAAUGGCAAAACCGGUGAGUACGGUGAAUUCUCAGAUUGUUCUGUCGAACAAAAACUUUCCCUUCAGCUGAGUAAAUUGUAUUGCAAAAUCGGCGCAAAUGAUCGCCAUUGUCCUCUAAAUGAUAAGAACGUUUACUUCAACUUAGAAAGCCUGCAGCCCCUUACAAGCGAGUCGAUCUGUAAGAAUGUUUUUGAUUCUAUAAGGAACAUCACAUACAAUCAUGGCGAUUAUUCAAAAUCAAAUCCAUCGCGUAGCAAGGAAAGUUUGAACGUAAAGUACCCAUCGAGUGAAGAGAGAGAAAAUGACGGCACCAUCGCAUUUAAAACUUCAGGGUUUGUUAUACUUCUAAUUUCUAUGAUAGCUGCUGGAAUUCUUCUAUAA